AUGGCUCAAGUUGGUGUUGCGAACCUGUCGACCAAUUGGAAGAGACUGCAGCAGACACUCAAGCCAAAGCCCAAAGCCGAUGACACGAACGCGAGCGUGAAGCGCAAGAGAACGACCGAGUCGCAAGACGAAAAGUUUAAGAAGUUCCAGGGCUCCUCGAAUGGAACAAAGCGACCGAGGACUGAGCUGAGCAAGCCUUCUUUUGCUCAGAGAAAGACCAAGAUGGGCGGUGCUCCCUCGAAAUCAUCUGCCUCGACACCGGGAAGCGCAUCAAAUGCCGAACCCACCACGGCUAAGGAAGUUGAUUCGACUCGCACCUCUACCGACUCACUAGUCAACCAAGGCCUCCACCCAACACACAAGCCUGGAAAGUUCUUAGCCAUCGAUUGCGAAAUGGUUGGCACUGGUCCGCUCGACGACAAUGUGCUCGCGCGCGUGUCAAUUGUCAACUUUCACGGCGAACAGAUCUACGAUAGUUUUGUACAGCCCGUACCAGGCGUCGAGGUCACCGAUUACCGCACCUUUGUCAGUGGUAUUCGACCCCAUCACCUGAAACCAGAUGUCGCCCGACCCUUCUCGGAGGUACAGAAAGAGGUCGCCGCAUUGAUAGACGGAAAGAUUCUGAUUGGACACGCGCUCAAGAACGAUCUGGAUGUGUUGCUACUCUCGCAUCCAAAGAGAGACAUCCGGGACACAUCCAGACACUCGACGUUCCGCAAGAUGUCGAUGGGUAGAGCACCUGCGCUGCGUAAACUGGCAAAGGAGUUCCUCGGUAUGGAGAUUCAAGGUGGAGAGCACAGUUCCGUCGAGGACGCAAGAGCAACCAUGAUGCUGUUCAAACUCGAGAAGGAGGCAUUCGAGAAGGAAGUCAAGCAAAAGUAUGGAGCUGCAAUUAGAAGAGAAGAAAAGUUGAAGCAGCAGGCCGACGACAAGAAAGCUAGGAAGGAAGAGCAGAGACAAGCAAAGGAGAACGCAGAAGGCUCGGAUGAGGACGAGGACGAAGAUGAGUCAGACAACGAGGACGAGGAACAGCUGGACGAUGAGGGCAACGUGAUUGCACCUAGCAUCAAGAAGAGCAAAAAGUCAAAGAAGAACAAGAAGCGCAAGAAGAGAACCAAGCGCGCCUGA